GGAUGAUGAGUAACUUAAAAUCAUACGGCUAGUACAGUAUGGAACAUGAAUGCUUUGUUCAGAUUUUCAGAUGUGUGCUGGCAGUUCAAGUCUGGCAGCUGAAGUGAACAGUCAUGAUUUUGUUGGAGCUCCAACAAUAUGCUAGAAGGUAAGUAACUAUGUUUAAUUUGCAUUGCAUGUUUUCCUAUGUUUCAGACUUUUAAACAGAGAUGUCAUGAUGACUGGAGUUGAGCACAGGGCAGUGAUAAAGUAAAAGGUAAGUACUUUUGACUGAAUGUUUGUUCUAUGCAUGUUUUGCUAUAAUACAUUCCAGGAGUGCUUAUGCAGUGAUGAUUUGACAGUUGAGUGAAAGUGGAGCCAUGCAGUCUUGAUUUUGAAGCUUCUCAACAAGCCUUGAAGGUAAGGUUAGAAUGACUCAAUGUUAGUGAAUUAUUUAAAAAAAUAUACUGUCAGUGAAGUACUGUCAGUUGCAUUUGGACAGUUGAGCAGAACAGACGUAGCUGUAAGAGCUCUCAUAUCUGUUGUGUAAAACUGUCCUAAUGAUAUGUUAUGCUUGUUUGUUUCUGUUGUACUAUUUUUCAGAUACGUUUGGCAGUGAAGGAUUGAAAGCUGACAUGAACAGAAAAAAAGAUGCUGUUGGCAGUGAUGGGUUUGGAAGCUGGCAUGAACAGAAAAGCAAACAUAUGGUGAGUACAAAAUAGUUUUUAUAUGGUAUGUUUUGUGCAUGCUUCUAUGUUUCAGAUGUACUUGCAGUCAACAACGAAGAUGAUUCAAGAAGAGAAACAUUGUUGUGAUGUGAAUAGAACGUUCAAAUAGGGUAAGUGUAACAAUUGUGGUAGUUUGAUUUGUACCAUGUGUGUUUUGCUAUGUUUCAGAUUGCACAUGCAGAGAUGGUUUCCUACUGGGUGUCAAUAGAAGGGACACGAGUAAAAACGAUUUCAACUGCUAAACCACAAUUCAAGAAGUUGGGUAAGUUUUAAGUCAUUGAUUUGAGGUGUACAAUGUGUUCUUUACUUUGUUGCAGAUUCGAGUCACUGGUUUACACAUGGAAGAAGAUUUCCACCUCUGUGACACAUCUUUACAAAAGCAAGUAGAGGGCCAGAUGUCGAGCAGUACAGAUGUGUUUCUUGGAGGGAGCUCCCAAACCCUUUACUGCUGGACGAGUGUUCUCUACUACUAGACGUGUCAGGUUUACUACCAGGCGAGCAGUGACAACAAGGCGCCUUUGUGGAAACAACACAACAAAAAACUGUACUGCUAGACGAGCAGUGACAGAAAGGCGCCUGAACAUGCAACACAAAACAAAAAAUGCCAAUAUCCAAACCUUGAUGUGGACACCGAGUAGUCAAUACAUACGUGUGGCGUACAGCUGCGACAAAACCGUGGGUCCAUCGCACCGAUAACUCGAACAUUGGCCCGCGUAUGGACAUCAGUGCAACUUUGUGAAUCCAUGUAACUUUGUGAAUCCAUGUAACAUUGCGAAUGUGUGUCGAUCGAAAAAUGUGUACAUUCUGCACUGAAACGAACUCGGUGUUGCAAGUGGCAAGUGUUGACAGUGUGUAUGUUUAUGUUUAUGUUUUUACAUGAAAACUAAAGGAGAUUGUUCUCCUACCUUUUUUUUCCUUGUUUUAUUGCGCUGGCCAGCAAUAUUGAUGUAUUGAUGUAUGUGUUUGUGUUUAAACUAUGCAAUACCAAAAUCAAACAAAAAAUAAACAUUAACAGUCAUUAACUGUGUUUGGGCGGCCGAGGGGUUUAAGACUCCACAAGUGUGAA